AUGUCGACCGAUGUGAGCGAUUCUUCGAUGUCAGACUCAUCGCAAAGCUGCCACGAGCCAAGUGAAGCCUCAGAAGAAGAACUUGAAGUUGUUACCGAGUUUCAGCCGUACUCGGAUGAACCUCUUGCAGAUGGCGACGCAGACUAUGUCGGCGAAGACGAAGCCGAUCAAGAUGGCUUGACACCAGAAAUCUUGGAAGCAAGAUAUGAACGCCGACUGACAGUUCAUGAAUGGUAAGUUUUUGUCCUUUUAGGUGCAGGGAAAUCACCUUUUUACUUUAUGGCGUUUAUGAAUUUUGUCUUUUCGCCUAUGUUUUAGGUGUAAAUGUAAAUAUUGUAGCGAAGAAAACCUCGCAGACGCACUCGAGUUUCGCUGUUGCCACGAGGUAACUAAUGCAGUUGGAAAGCUUGUGUUUGAUGGCUCCAUUGAAAGAAUCUCAUGUGUUACCGAGCACGAAGAUUAUGUGGCUCUAACGAACAGAACCGUCCUUUUACAAGUCGCCCCUUUGCUCAAGGACAGAAACGGAAGGUCAUACCGGCGAAGAACAGGAGUGAGCGAAGCCGAGUAAGUAAUUUUUUGCCCUAUAGCUCAACGGUCCCCUAAAAGUGACGGUAGCCGAAAGUAACUACCCCACAGCUUGUGGUUAAAUAGACACAGAUCGAUACUGUUGCAACCCCUUUUUUAAUGGAAGUUAUGUGAUUUUUUAGAAAAAUUCUUUUUUCCUGAAUUUUGCCAUAUGCAGUGAGUGUAGCUUAUCUAACAUUGAGUGCUCUUGAUGGAUUGUUUACUGACGUAUGUUCAGCUAUAGUGUUGAAGUUGCUUUAUACAUCUUUAUGGUUUGACAAGGGUACAGUUUUUAUUUUUUUCAAAAAGGGUUUCGGGUACUCACUGUAAGUAGCUUGUAACCCUGAUAUUUGUCUAACUUCAACUUUUAUUAAUUCUACCUGAUUGUUCAAUAGAUUUCUCAGAGCAGUGGCUUACAGGUGGCUGAUAAGAUGGCUAUGUGGAUACUUGGGCUGGGAUAACAGCAGACCAUUACCUGCCUGUGUAUACCACUAUUUAAGAACAAAGUUUUCAAGUCACCAGACAAGAGGAUAUGUGCCUUCCCAAGCACGUGAACAAUAA